AUGCUAUGUGGAAUAAGUAACUCAGUUAGUUCGCAUGAAAUUGCAAACACUAGUACUUUGACCAUGAAAAAUCAUAAUCAUAACAGGAUUCCUUCAGAAUUUCCUAAUAAUCACUUCAAUAAAAUUCAAAUGCUCAAAAUGGAAACUGGUAAACGCUCACCAAUAGGUCAUUCCUGGGUCCCAAAUGAAAAAUUCGGCAUUCGACCUCAAUCACUUGGGUUAUACCAGUCAAAUCCUAUGUUACAUGACCAGAAAAGCCUAGCAUCAAAUAUUAACCAACCAGAUUCUUCACAUCGACCAACAAUUCUAAGCCCAGAUAUUAGUAGAAAAGAGGAUUUUAACAGUAAGUCUUAUUUCAAGAAAAGACGUGGAACCUUUGAUAACAACAAUAAAAAUGCUACUGUUCCAACAAGUUUGGUGUCUCCGAAUAUUACUUAUAAUAGUAAUAAUACUUCUAAAAAUGAGAAAUCCAAAACUAAUCUUCCAUAUUUUCAAUCAUCUCAUCUAAAGAAAAGUACGUCAAGAACUUCGAGUAAGGAAAGUAUCAGAGAACGUAGCCCUGUGAAAUUGUUAUCUGCUAAAGAAACACAUUUUCUGAAUUAUAAUGCAGUGGGAAAUGUACGUGAAUCAUAUAAAUAUGGAACGGUAGUGAAUAAAUAUAAAGAAAAGAGUCAGUCAAUAUCAGAUGAAACAACCAAAGUAUCUCAGUCACGAUCUGCUUCAACACCAUCAAGAAAAUCACCACAAGAUGAAGAAAAAAGCACUAAGAAUGCUGAAUUUCAAAAGUAUCAUGAACCACAACUAAGCAGUUCACAAAUAAAACCACAUGAAGCUAAUAAAUUGAUAAAAGACGGUAAUAAUACUCAAACUUUAUCCAAGAAAAAUGAGUUCCAAAAUGUAAUUUCUCCAAGUAUUAUUUCACAGAGAACCGACCAUUUAAACAUCGCCUCCUUUCUUGCUACAUCAUUUAGCAAUACACCCACAUGGUCAACUAAUCCAAUCCCAAUGAAUGUCUUAACGAAUAGUAGUGUUGCGAGAUUGUGUGACUUGACAGAUCCUACAGACGCACUCAGUUCCAAUAAACAAAGUUUAACUCUUGACAAUUAUAUUGACAAUGAUUUAGAUGAAUUCACUCAGUUACAAAGUGUUUAUUCUCAAAUCACACAUAAACAGAAGAGUAAACAAAAAUAUAAUUUACCUAAUUCUAACUCUGCAGCAUCUAGCUUAUCCGCUGGAGAUGAUAGGACAUUUUGCGAUAGUGGAAUAUCUUCCUCAUCUUAUUCCAAAGAUAGCGCUUGUACAUCGCCUUCUGAUCCAAAUGCCUAUAAUCCUAUUCCAUCCUUAGGAACUAAUGAAUGGGUAUCUACAUGUAAAAUACCGUGUGAUAAAGAAUCAAUAUUUGAUUCAAACUAUCACCAAAAACAAAAUCAAGGAAUACCAUUAUCGAAAUCUUCUCGUAUUCCAAGCAUUUCAAAAUUAACGGACAGGUCUAAAAUAAAUAAUUCUACAGAGAUGAUUGGUUCACAACCAUCUUUCAGUACAAUACAACGGACCCAGAGACUUAAAACAGUUGGAAAGUCGACCAGUCAAUCAGGCAAAGAAGUUACUUCAGUUAUUGCGCAAAACAACGACUUUGAUUCACAGAGUCCACUUAAAUUUUAUCAUGACGUAAAUUCAUCAAAUAAAAUUUCUCAAUCAACAAAACAUUUACAUGAUAAUGCUCCUAGACUUCAUUCUACACCAGGUUCUUUAAAUCCAAUGGUUUCAAAACGUCCGAAUAAAAUCUUUAUUAAUUCAGCUGGUGAUGAGGUUAGUAAAAGUGAGACGAUGAAUGUUAAAAUACGUAAUAAUACUAAUAUUACUAAUAAUGAUAAUAAAACAAACACUGUUGCUUUGAAUAAUACCAAGAAUGAUGCUCAUAACUGUAAUAUUAAUAAAGAUUUGCGUCCAGACAAUUUGAUUAAAUCAGAACCACAUAGAUCAAAUGAAAAAAUCGAUGAUAUUCAAUGUAAUCAACUAAAUCAGAUGUAUAUUUCUGACAAAAUGAAUAAACAGCACAAACAUGUUUAUCAGCAAUUGAAACUUUUAAAUGACCAACAACACAAGAUUAGCCAAGAACAAUCAUCACCUAUUAUCUCAGAAUGCAAUAAAGGUAAAGUUAAAAGAGAUAAUGGGAAAUCAACAAUUCUUUAUGAUGAACCAUCUUUGAAAAUAACAUGUAGUGAACUUGGACAACUUACUGAUACAAAUGAAGUAAAUAGUUACUUUAAACCGUGCAGCCAAAGUGGAGUUAUUCCAAGACCCAGGGAGUUUUUCAGCCUAUUCACAUCAGAAAAACCAGUUAGUGGUCAGAAGAAAUCAUUUGAUAUUAAACCAAUUAAAUCAGCCGUAGUUACUAGUGAACCUGAAAUAUCUCUCUUGUCAAAAAGUUUACCGGGUGUAGGAGCAGAGAAUCCAUACCAUAUGCCGACUGACUUCACAAAUGAUCCCGACUUACUAUUGUCAUCCCUUUCUAAACUGAGUUGUGAUCCAUGUUUAGAAGAUAAUUCGUGGGAUCAGAAUUACUUCUCUGAUGUUGAAAGUGAAUAUGCUGCACUAGAAUUAAUACUACCUAUACCAAAACGUGAAAGUUUGACGGAAGCGGAAAUUGCCCUGGAAUUAGACAAAAAACUAUCAGAAGCUAUACCAGAUCAAGUAUCGGGUGCGUUUGUGAAUAUUAUAAAUCCUAAUACUUCAUUGGCUAACAAUGCGGUUUCCUCGGGAAAGUGUUUAGAGCCUGGUUACUUUUCGGAUACAGAAGCCAUAUUUUCAUCUCAGCGCAAGUUCAAACCGUUAUCUGAUCCUAACAACUGCAAACUUCCUAUCGCUUCCGUAGCCCCAAUAAUGUCUACACAACCAGCUCCUUUUAGGAAUGUGUUGGACGAAAAUCAAAAACGUUUAUUUGCCCCUAGUAACCUAAACCUGAAGAAGCAUGAACUUUCAAGCCCUUCACAAUGCACUUCAAAAAUCGAUGGUAUGAUGCAAAUACAAGAAAUAAAAUGGCCAAGACUCUGUAGUCUACAGAAUCUUGUUCAGGGUGAAAACAAAGGUCGACUGAGACAUUCUAGUAAUCACCACGAAGCAAUUAACAAAACCUCUCUUCCAGUUACAAACUGCACUAUAGGUACAGGGCCACUUAGUCAAAUUAAACUGCCCUAUCCAACUGCAUCCAUGAUGGUCAAUGUGGGUUCACUGAACGAUAUAACUGCGAAAUCUGGUGCUUCAAAUUAUGAAGGCCAGAGAAAAGGAAUACACAAUACAUACUCUGAAUUAGAUCAAUGCAAAGCAAAUGGUGCUGCCUCGGUUCUUAAUUGCUCAUCAAUAAAAAGUGCCGAUUUAAUGAUUGAAAAUUUUCGUCAAGAAACUAGGCGUCUACAAGAUCAUAUCGCUGUGCUAUCGGGUCAUUUAUCAGUGAAGGAUAACAAAAUUGAAACUUUAGAGGAGACUAUGGAAAGUAUGGUAGUUCGCAUCGAACAACUUCAAGCCUUGGACAACUUCAAGAAUUCAGAAAUACACGAGCUACAAAGUAUUAUAAAUCAGCUUCGUGGAGAUGAUAUAAAUAGUAAAUCUUUGGCCAGCUCUCCGAGCCAUUUUCAACCCAAACCGCCAAGAUCAACUUCUUGUCGAACGCUUCCUGAUGCUAUGUAUCAAGAUCUUCAAGAUGCAAUAAGUCUAAACAGUUUUACGAGCGGAACAAGUGCUGGUAGUCAGGAUCCUUCGAUACACUCACAACAACAACAGAAAACGAACUCAAAAUCUGACGACAAAUGUUCCAGUCAAAUUGAUAGCAGUGCAUCAGCGUUAGAUACCGAGAGAUCAUAUGUUAAACACUCACAUUGGUUACGCGCAUCCUUUAGCAAAGCUUUCAGGAAAAGAGCGAAAAGUAACAUACGUCCAAAUGAUUCAGAAAUUUUAAUGAAUGGCAGCAGUACUACAAAUCUACAACCUACUGUGCAUGAUCAAGUUACUGCGAAUAAUCAAAAAUUACAAUGUGAACAACAACUGGAUAGAUUACAUCUAACAGUUAGUCGAAUGCGCUGGCAAAUGGAUUUACUUGAAGCCAGAAAUAAAAAACUACAAGAGAUUAUAUUAAAAUAUAAUCCAGACGAACUGCUGCGCAACGAAUUAUACACUGUGAAAUUAGAGAAGAAAGUUUCUCUAUAUGACUUAUCAACUCAUCAUUUUCGAGAUUCAUGCCAAUUCGUUCAAGUAUUUGUUCAUACUGAAAGUAUAUGUUACAGAAACUUAGAUAAGAUUUCAAACAUAAGUCAAUGUCGUGAUCAAUCAGCCGCAAACGAUAACUCUGAGGAUACACCAAUAAAUUGUAUUCGAUCAUUCAAGAUUGGUUGCACCGGACUGUUGGAUGAAAUGACCUGGGAAGACUUGGAUGAACGACUUCAAAAGUUAAUUCAGUAUUAUAUUAAUUUCUUGGAUCCUAAUAAUCAGUUACAGUUGGAAUCACUUGAAUUACAAGCCUACCAAUUAAAUUUCACAUUCACUGAACAAAGUGAAAUAAAAACACAAAGUAUUGUACGAUCCUUCACCACCACUACUUUAUCAUCUUCAUCAACUGAAAGUCAGUCACAGAUCUCUUGUACAGUGUUGUUACCUAUACCAUAUACAGAUGAACAGAUUAAUUCGCAAUCGCCAAUUGUUUGGAUAAACGAUAUGAUUAAUAAAUAUAAUGCUAAACAUUAUACAUUAUCAAUACAAAUUCAUUUGAAAGGUUGCACAAUGAAAUUCCCAUUACAAAAAGAUCAAAAACCACCUCAUCAACAAGUGUUUGAACAAAAAGAAAUGUUAAAAUACGUAUGUUUUGGAAGUUUAAUACCAUUGAUCACAUUGAGUACAUACUUAUCUACUAUUCGAGACAAUUCAAUAGUGAUAAUAUAUGGAGCAAGUGGAACUGGGAAGUCUCAGCUAGUGAAUGACUUAACUAAAAUUUUGGUUACAAAUCCACACAGUAAGAAUGCAGUUUACAAUUUUCGCUUUAAACACGAUGGCAGUACAACUGUUAAAGAAUUGAAGAGUGUGCUGACUCAACAGUUGAAUUCAUUUACAAAUAAUGGUUACCCCGAAGUGAUAAACUUACUCAACAUUCAGCAUUUUCAAGGGUCAUUUUCAGACCUUUUCAGUAAAUUGAAAUUUUCUUCGAACUGUCCUAAGAUUGUAGGAACUAGUGGAACUGGUAACAUAGAACUUGAGAAGUUUUUGAUAGAAAAUCAGAUAAAAGUUAUAAAUCAUUUGUCCGAUAUAAACGAUGCAAAAGAAUACUUAGAGAGAAGCUUAAACCGUAAAUUAAUUCAAUAUCGUUUAUUUAAUGAAUUUUACUCUUCACAUGGAUUUAACGAAGAUAAAGAUUCUUUGAAUAAAUAUGUAACACAAGUUGAAGAUAAAAAUCUUAACCAGUUGGUUUCAUGGUUAACUGAAUUUUGGAAUCAACUAAACGGAAUUCCUUAUUCAUUGCUACAAUCAAAUCAUUUCACUAUUUUCGGUAUACAAACAUUUCUAACAUGUCCAAUGCAUUCUCAGCUGUCAUUAAACUGGUUUCUUGACUUAUGGAAUAAUAUGUUGGUGCCUAUUUUGUUUAAAGAUAUAAAAAAUAUAACAACCUCUACUAUGCCAACAAAAAAGGAACCUUUAAACAGUAUAUUUAAAACACUAAAUAAUAUUCUUGGAUGGUUAACUAUAACAUGGCCAUGGAAUCCUACAAUUGUCAAUUUUCCGAAAUCUAUUAGGGAACCAAAAAUAACUUUAACACAGAAUUCAAUAUCUAUGAUGAAAAAUUAUCAGCUGACAUUGUCUACAUUGUGUAAUUCCGACGUGGAAACUUGUCAACACCGUACAAGUAUGGAUUCUGGUAUUAUUCUAGAUGGAAUAAAUCCAACAAGCAACAAUCUUUUCAAUUGUUUUGAAAAUAAUUCAAAUAUCAUGUAUGGUAACAAUUAUUGUAGCCAUUACCAUUAUCCGUAUGGAAUAGGAGACAAUUAUAAUGUACAACAACAUGUGGCCAGUAUAACUGAUUGUAAUCAACUAACUACGACGACAUCCCACCAAAUGAAGAAUGAAAACUGUACUAGAAGCAAUUGUACAAAAACCGUUAAUUCUGUGAAGUAA